AUGGUGUUGUUGUCGUUGUACUUGAUGCGAAGCUCGUCCAGACAGAACUUCUGGAGCUCGCUUUUCUUUCGGCUCACACGGUUGAGCUUCACCAUCAUAGCCUCGAGGUCCGUCUUGGAAGACGGUGUUGCUGCCAGCGAAGGGUUCGCCUCCGCAAUCUCCGUGAUGCGCUGGCGGAUCUCCAUUCGAGUCCACCCCUCUGGAGCCGUCUCGCCCAAAGAGCGAAGAUGCAAGGUCAGCUCGCCGCGAGUCAAACGGUCCAUGAUGUACGGGGAUCGCCGAAACGAGAGCAUUGCUGAACAAGUCCUCCGUGAGGGAAAGAAGCUGAUGCAACGAUUUUCUGUCGAAUUGCCAAAUCCAAACACCGGCUGGUCCUCUGUAUCCAAUGCUCGCAGGCGAGUCUCGCCGUACUUCUGCACAUUCUUCUUUAGCAAUGCUUCGAUCGCCGCCACACUGCCGAUCGUCUUCGUGGCGCCUCCGUCCACCACAGCCAUUCCGGCAUCGACGGCUUGGGCCGUCGUGGGAAGCGCUGCCAAGGCGCUCUCGCUGGGCUGCUCGGACUCCGCGAAGAACACAAAAGAGACCUGUUCCGUAGCUGUGGUCGAAGUAGGCCUCCUGGGCCUCCGACUCCGCCUCCACGAUCAAGGCCGCCUCUUCUGGGCAGUCAUCCCAACCUCCGUAGGAAACUGGUUUCGUAGCUCCUGUGCCACACGCGCCGGGGAGAAAUCGCCCCUCAGCGCAGUCAUCACCAGGUUGCGCUCGUUGCUGUCGAGCGCCGCGUCCAUCAAGAGGUACCAUCCCUGGAUGAACCCCGGAAGCAAGGAGUUGUCCUCCAACUGGUCGAUGGAUUCCCAUGUGGAGGUGCCCUCCGAGGCGUACUUCAUCAUCAGCGCGGCCUUCUCCGGUGUGAUCGUCACCCUCCUCCGUGGUGGUAGUCUGGCGGCCCCAGCCUCCAGAUCCCCAAAAGCCACUGGCGUCACUCGAUCGGCGGCUCCAUCGGUAAGGAGUCAUGUGGUUGUUCCCGCCGGAAGUUUCCAUCUUGGUCUUCCUGUAGUGCGGCUGCACUCGUCGGAGGGCCUGGCUAACCCGAAGAAAGGCUUCACUUUUCCGCGUCACGUAAUCAUUCAUCGAUUCGCCCGUCCUGCGACGGGUCCCUUUGAAGUACUUCCCGAGGAGGUCGGUGACUUCAUUGACCUUCGGCUUCCCCAGCGACUUCCGCAAGUAGUCAAGAACAUGGCGGACACCUCCUGCACACGCCACUUCCUCUGCGGGUUUUCCCGCGACGAGUCGCUUGGCUGCUCCAGUCAAUUCCGCCAUCAGCCGAGGGGCUGCGGUGUAGCUGAGAAGCUCCCCGCUUCUCCGUUCCACACCGGGACGCCAUCCUUCGUGUUAUCGUCCGUGCUUAUGGCCGUAACACGAGAGGCACGAAGGCUCUACGACUACCGGCCUGCGCAAGGGACGCAUCUCAUGCUGCUGACAAAGAACAACGCAGCGCUCCGACUCCUCUUCGAGGGCGGGCUGUUGAACCACAGCAAGGCCGAGGUCAUGUUUGGCAGCACCUUCCCGAAUGACCUGAGCGACAUGUUCGUGGCAAUGAACCUUCAGCGUAUCAAGAGCUUCAUGCAGCAGCCGAUUUCUCUGGUCAUGGUGCACUGCGAUUCGCUGUACGAGUCGCUGUAUGACCUGCUGAACCAGCACUACAUGGAGUAUGCAGGACAGCGCUACGUUCGCAUUGCCCACGGCUCCAAAGCUAAGCAGUGCCCGAUUCAUCAUCUCUUCCGCGUGAUCGUCAUCACAGAGAUCAGCGAUGCCUACUUCCGGCUAGCACCGCCUCUCCUCAACCGCUUCGAGAAGCAGAUCUUCCUGCGAAAGGACUUGAUGUCCAAGUCCGACGAAGCUUUGCUGGCCAGGGUGACGAAAUUCUGGGUGACCCUCAACGAGCUUAUGAAUGCCGGCAAGACCUUGAAGGACGAGGAUGCUCUUGAGGAGGCUUCCCGGGCUCCGACAGCGUCAGGGACGAUGCUGAACACUGCCUCUCACCGGCCCAUCGCUGGUUACCACCCCGAGCUUCUCAGCUCGCUGGUCUUCACCCUGCGCAAGACGCAUCCGAACCGCAGCCUGGAUGAGUUGGUGGAGGUCGCGAAGAAGGCGAUUACCUGGGUGCUCACACCGGAGCAGGUUCGUGCCCUACAGAAGGGCACGAGCCUUUCAGUACCCGUGGAUCGGAACCGAGCCCGGGAGCAUCGUACUGGUGGUUCGAUUGGUCCUGGGAAGGUUCCACCGAACCAAAAGCCAGCACGCCCCAAGCUGAAGAUGCCCAUUAUCGACGCUGGUACUUCCGGAUCUUGGCCGGAGUACUGUGGGAGAUAUGGGUGGACCUAUUGGCUGGCCACCAUCACCAUCCUGCUGGGUAUGUUACAACUUACCUAUUGGACCUAUGCGUGGGUCGUCAGGCCCAUCAUCGUCGUCAUUGGGGCGCUGCUCCAGUACGUGGCGGGCCGAGGAACCUGGGAGGCCGUGCUGAGGGGGCACGGCGAAAACCCAUACCACGUUAGAUGGACAGGACCCCAGGGUGAGCAUCCCUGGUCGGUCACUUACGUUCAAGAUCAAGUAAGAGGGAGAGGUGAACAACAGCUCCCGUACGAUCUUCUCGUAACCGACGGGGUUGCCGUGGCCCGCUUGCGACACGGAGCCGUACGGGGACGCACCAACCGUCAUGGGUUCCUUUGCCGGUGUGACAGUGUACACGGGGCUUCCCACCGCUACUGGAGAAGGUGUUUGGAGCGAGCGCAGUGUGUUGUACACCUGUGCUCGGUAGAACCAUGCACUUCGCCUGAAGCAGCAGAGCUGCACAUCACGGCCAGUAGUGUGGUCCCCCAGAGCGUGGACGUCGACCUGAACGAGCUGUCUGGCAGGGGACCCAUGUGUCGGGCCCUCAACGCGUCCAAGUUCAUGGCCCUACAAGGAGUCACGGGACUUUGGGGCACCGGGCGCGCAUGUGGGCGUUGGAUCGCCUCCUGGUGCUGUUGCGGCGGAGCGAAGCACUCGAGGAAUGCGAUUGCCUGGAAAGAGGGCACGCAGACGAAAAGGCUCAGCAAAGAGCGCUGCAAAGACGAAGCCAGAAAGAGGUCAAUCAGCCGUGGCGCGGAGCGCGCCCGGCCGCAUUCACAAGAUGUCACACCCAAGCGCGGAACGCAGACGGAGGCAGCAGAACUCCGAGGGAUUUCCUCUCCCCCGCGUUUGGACGGGGCCACCUCAGUUGCCCCCUUUCCUGGAGGUGAUGUUUCGGUCGAGGAUCAGGUACUCACAGGGUUGACCUGGGAGGAGAUCGCGGGGAUACCAGAUGAAGAUCUUCGAAAAAGGGCUAUAUUCCUCAAGCAAAGGGGCGCGAUGCCCGGCCCGACUUCGGGUGGACCGGACAGGAGCACCUCCAGAACCGAGGCACCAGACGACAGCCAGGCCCUGUUCGCGUAUAUGGAAGCGAGGCUCCAAGGGAAGGGCCACGACUCAGCAGUCGAGGUGUCAGCGGUGCACGGCAUUGCUUGCGACUCACCAGUGAACUACCGGAGGAGGUUCCUACCCGUGGUCCGCUUCGGACCCGGGCCCUCCUUCUUACCACCAGAGCAGGCCACCAGGGCUUUCCGGGCAGGAGCCUUCACGGAUGCAGAGGCACCCGCGGCAGACGAGACGACUAAAGCCCUCCAGGCGAUAGCCAAAAGCCUGACCUCGAAGGAAGACGCCCUCGCACAGGAGCGAGGUAAACUGGCAUCGAUUGGGCUGAGUGAGCUGCAGCUGCAGCCGUGCACCAGGGACUGCCUCAGCUCCUGCCGCCAGAGCUUCGGAAGGCAGGCUUGCAGCCGGAAGCGCAUCAGCGUCGGGCGCAAGGCCCAGCAACUGGGUGGCAGUUUCCUCGCCAGCUUGCUCAGCAUUCAGCUGCGAAAGGAACUCUUUCAUGCACUUCGCAUCGCCGGGACGCAAGCGAGACCUCAGUUGCGGAAGAUCGAGUUCCCUUGCAGUUGCAACAUUCAAAACCGGCACAGCUACGGAUUUGCGGCCCUGCAACUGGGAGGGAAAACGCUCAACACUCUGCCGGAGUACUGCCUCUCGGCCGGAGAUUUUCCACUCACCUCGGAGGAAGAUUUCGACAACUACGGGGGCUCACCCGACCUCAAACUUGAACGUAAGGGCCGGUACCCUAACACGUUGACCUCAUGGUUCAGAGCCGCCCUCCGCCAGUCUUGGGCCUUCGCCUGUCUCUUUGGCGAAGAAUAUUACCCCGUGCUCGAAAAGGCAGCUUCACAUCUGCUUCGCUUAGGGGAACAACAUGGCUACGCCUGGUCGGCGUCAGCAGUCUACGGUGCAUGGGAAGAACUUUGGGCCCGUUUCUGCGAAGAAGCACGGGAGUUGGAUCGCCGCAUCCGCAGAGCCAUGCAGGACGAGACUCCUACGUUCGCCAGACUAAAGUUCUUCGCCUUGUCCCCUGGCCCAGACGGGCAACCCUGGCUCCAACUGCCGGGUACCUUUCGCCUUGACGACGAUACCCAAUACUUCUGCACCGAUAUGUUGCCGCGAAUGCAGCGCCAACUCUCCCGCGCGUGUUGGGCCGGCGCACAGAAGAAGGGCAACACCGGUGGUCGGGCUGCUGGAGAAGGGGAUGCCACCGAGGCUCGAACCGAGCCCGGUGUACCUCCACCCCCAAAGGGGGGUCGAGCUGGUGGCGAAGCGGCAGAUAAAGCCGCACCACCGAAACUUCUCGGUCCUAGCCUCACACCCAAGGAAGCGGCCCGGUCCCUGGACCACCGGCCGAAAGACCAACAGGGCCAAUACCUCUGCUGGGACUUCCUGACACAUCGCGGGUGUAACAAGGGUAACGGCUGCCCCCACUCACACAAGGCCGCUCCCAAGUGGACGACACUGGAUUACACGGUCCAGCUCCAGUUGCUGCGCCGAGGGGGCCUUAAGGGCUCUAAGGCCAAAACGGGGGACGAAGUCGACCGUGAGUUUACCCGGGUUCGGGCGGAGCAAGCUGCGAAAGCCGCCGCUGCCAAGCAGGAAGGUAUCGCUGCCGCCAAGGCCAAAGUUUCGGCCACCCAGAGGACCAAUCAAGCUGCGGGCCCGGGCAACGCUGACCGCGCCUCUCGGGCGGGGGAACGAGUACCCGAACAGACAGGACAUGUGGUGGCAGAUUUGGACACUGUCCUGCCCACCGACCGUGAAGAAACCCUUGGCGCACUUCUCAAAGACGAAGGCAACAACUGGUGGCACGACGUUGACGCUGCCGCCGCUACUCUUACCUGCCCUAGUUCAAAGUUUGAGAAGUCAGCGCGAGCGGACGCCAUGCGAGUCGUUGACGCUGCGGAGCCCGCCCUGGGGCCGUAUCCCCCUGGAUUGGUGGGCGUCUACCUGCGCAAUCGCCUUCUACGCCUCCGCGAGGAAACGGGCCGUGCCCCUGAACUUGAGGAUGUUACGCACCUGUUAGAGGAAGCCGUAUCCCUGGGUGGACCAGAGCUGUCUGAAGAGGCUGCCCACCUCCUUGAGGAGCGCGGCGUUCACCGCAAGGCCGGCGAGUCCCCACUGGUGCAGCUGUCGGGCCUUACGUGGAAUUCCUCCAUCGGGGCCGGAACGCUCACCUGGAAGGGCGUCGGUCACUGGGCCAUGUACGACUACCAGGACCAGCUUCCCCUCUCCCCGGAGGCCUGCGAACGGAUGGGAUUUGCCGACGUCCGCGACGAGCCUAAACAGUGCUUGUUGCUGCACGUUGCCGCCGCAUAUCUCGCAACGCCGGACCAGCCCCUCCCAACGCCCGAGGCGGUUUGGGCUCUCGCCGCUGAGUGGAGAGUCCGGUGGUGCUCGCAGGCACGAGUCGCCGAGGACUCUUUGGGGCCAACGCCCGAACGGCUCACGCAGGCCGAAGCGGAUGUCCGAGUGUUCCACCACGACCUUCUCCAUUUUGGGCACGACCGAGACUACCGUACUUUGGUUGCCCACCCUUUGGAGGAGUGGGAUUGCUUGGGCUUGGCCGUCCUGCGCCUCGACGCAUAUAUGCGGCCUAGCGUGGAGGUUGUCUGUGGCAGCCGUUACAGCGAGCGGCAAAGCUGA